AUGUCCCAGUCCAGGACUCCGUCACCACGGCCCAAUGGAGGAUGGACGGCACGGGGCCUGUCCGAACGCAGUUCAACGUCCAAUGGCUUAUACGCAGGAGCAAACAGUUACAGCAGCAGUGAUGAUCAAUGGGUCGCAGCAAAAGCGAGGAGUGCACAAGUGAGAGGCUAUCCCAGCAUCCAGACCAAGAAUGAGGGUUUCUUUCAACGCUCCAGACGAAAAAUUUCCUCCAGAUUGCCCGUUUUCAGUCCCUACACCCCUCUUUCGGCCCAUUGGAAAGAUCCGGAGAAGCUGGGUCGAAGUGGGUGGCAUCCCCGAGGCGGCGGUAGCUUGUCCAGAUUAAAAACUUUUAUUGGGAACGUGUUGCGGCGGUUUAAGUUCCUGUUCAUAAUAUUGUCCAUUGUGACUUUUACCACCUUUCUAAUCUCUCAAACCAAUGUCCGGGCCAGGUAUCGGAGCAAUGCUCACCUCGGUGGUGGGAGCAAAUUCGUCAUUAUUCUGGGUGCAAAUGAAGGCGGUGGAGUGAUGGAGUGGAAAGGACCCAGAGAAUGGGCCAUCGAACGAGACAGUGUCAAGAAUAAAAAGAGAUACGCUGAAAGAUGGGGAUAUCAAUUAGAGAUUGGCGACAUGAGUACGAAAAAAAGAUAUGCCCAUGAAUGGAGGGAGAGUUGGGAGAAAGUCGAUCUCGUACGAAACGCCAUGGCCAGAUAUCCCAAGGCCGAAUGGUUUUGGUGGCUUGACUUGAAUACCUUCAUCAUGGAGCCUUCAAUAUCGCUCCAAUCCCACAUCUUCAACAAUCUGGCGACCGUGGUCUAUCGUGACAUCAAUGUCUACAACCCGCUCAACAUCACACAUCCUCCGGAAACCGAAUUUCUCGACCCCGUCUCCAGAUCCCCCACCGGUGACAAUUUAACCUCUUCUAUCGACAUCAUCAUACCUCAAGACUGCAGCGGAUUCAACCUGGGUUCCUUCUUCGUCAGACGAUCGGCCUUUACAGACCGACUCCUCGAUAUGUGGUGGGAUCCCGUUCUUUACGAACAGAAACAUAUGGAGUGGGAGCACAAGGAACAGGAUGCCUUGGAGCAUUUGUACGCGGCCCAGCCCUAUGUCAGAGCCCACUUCGGAUUCAUUCCGCAACGCAAGAUUAACUCUUUUCCUCCUGGAGCCUGCCCCGUGCCGCUGAAAGAAGGUCAACCAAUUCAGAACGGGAAGCCUCUUGUUGAUCCCCGAUUUCAUUACCACGAAGAAGAACGCGACUUUAUGGUCAACAUGGCCGGAUGCGAAUGGGGUCGAGAUUGUUGGGCCGAAAUGUACUCGUACCGAGAACUCAGCAACAAACUCAAUCGAUCCUGGUGGGAAAAAUUCAAAGAUUCCUGCAGUGAGAAAUGGAAGGAUCUCAUGAAGACCAUGUUUCACCAAAAGGAAGCGAGCAUGAAACAGGGUUGA